AUGCGUCUUCUCACCGUUGCUGCUGUCCUCGCUCUUUCACACCUGACCGACGCCAUCAAACUCCCCCAUGUCAACGUUCCAGCUUGCCCCAAGGUCGGCACCAUCAAGUACUCUAAGUCGGUCCCUGACAAGACCGACUUCCCUCUCACGCAGGUGGACCUUUGCUACACGCGGAGCUCCCUCGUCUUGACCUUUACCGCGUACGACGAAACCAACUUCUACUUCGACCCUGAGCAAGGCACCAAUGACGACAUAUGGGCGUACGAAGUCAUGGAAGCCUUCAUAUACAAGGGCACCAAAGAUCCCCAGACCUACUUGGAGUUCGAGAUCAAUCCAAACAACGUGACGUAUCAAGCGUUUGUCUACAACCCGUCCAAAGACAGGGCCGAUGGCGCGCCUUUCGAUCACUUGUUCGUCUCGGAUCCUGCUGCGGAUGGCUUCUCUGCUACUACGACGCUGGACAAGCCCGCUGAGCGUUGGGUCAGCAAAGUCAAGAUUCCACUGGGCCUCUUCAACGUUGACGACGGCACUGCCAAGGGCACCGACUGGAGAAUGAACUUUUUCCGAACCAUCACCAGCCCAUCCACGUAUCCAGACCAGGAGUUGGGUGCCUGGAGCCCCCCAAACAAGGCUAGUUUCCAUAUCAGCAAAUAUUUUGGUCACGUCCGCUUUGUUUGA